AUGACGAAAAUAACAGAUGCAGCAACGAGACAGGCAGUUCAAAGUGCCUAUGACGCCGUUAGAGCAACUGUUGUGAAAAGUCAAGAAAAAGAGUUACAACAGACCAAAACAGACCUAGUAAAUGCUUUCUUAAGAACGAAAAGUCAGGUAGGACAUUACGCUGCAGAUGGAACAUAUGUGCCAGCUGGUGGAACUUAUAUACCACCAAACCCUCCAAGAGAAGCACCUGCACCAGGACUACCUAAAACAUUUACAUCGUCACAUGGACACAGACACAGGCAUGCACAACAACCACCUCCACAACCAGCACAACAACCAACACAACAACCAGCACAGCAACCAACAGUUCAAAACCCUGCACCACAACCAACAGUUCAAAACACCGCACCACAACCAACAGUUCAAAACCCUGCACAACAACAACCACAAACAGAGCAAGGACAUAAAAGAAGUAGAGAACAAGGAAACCAAGAAUUCUUAAAAAUGCUUAAAGAAGAGUGUGGUUUCCCAGAUAGUAUUGACUUUAGUGACAGAUAUAAAGAAGCUAUUGGAAAGUUCAAGGAUGGAAAUACUGACCCGAACCUAUUUAGCUUUAUGGCUCAGCACCAAAACGGAUAUAAUCUCAAACCUGGAAAAUACAAGCUCGCUAAGGGAUAUGAUUUAAUAGCAUAUCAUCCAAAUGACAUGGAUGAAUUUACUCCGAGAUAUUUGAUGUCAGAGCUAAAUGACAAUUCAACUUUCGUCAUGAAACGCGUAAAAAAUAGAGACGGAACGAAAGAACAAAAGCUUAUGAAUGCGGAUGACGUAGAUAGGGAAAUUGUUGAAAACGGUCUCGGAAUAUAUGAAAUGCCAGCAGAUGAGGUACAAGAAACUCCACAGGAAGAAGUUCAGAUACAACCAGACAUGGAAGAAAUAGUUCAGCAACAACAGCUAGAAGAGCCUGAAGGAAACGAACAAGUCCUUCCUUUGGAAACUAACUUCACAGAACUAGAUGAAGAUUUGGAACAGCCGAAAAAUCUUGACCCUCAACAAGA